GCUGUUGGUAUCUGGUGGCCACAACAUGGCAGUGCUGACUCGAGGGGUUGGCAAACAUACUAUCCUCGGCAGCACGAUUGACGAUUCAAUCGGCGAGGCCUUUGACAAAACCGCCAGGCUUUUGGGAAUCACGAAAGUCCCUGGCGGGCCCCACCUGGAACGUUUAGCCAAGGAUGGGGAUCCAAAGGCGCACCAGCUGCCCAAGCCAUUGGCCAAGACCAGAGACAAGGUGUUGCAGGAAGGCUGCGACUAUUCUUUCUCGGGAUUGAAAACAGCCGUCAGGACAUUGGUGGAGAGAGAAUUGCCGAACGCCAAGUCAGCUCUGUUGUCCGAG